AUGGAGGGACCUGCCACUGUGUACACUGACAGCAUGGAGAUACCUGCCACUGUGUACACUGACAGCAUGGAGAUACCUGCCACUGUGUACACUGACAGCAUGGAGGGACCUGUCACUGUAUACACUGACAGCAUGGAGAUACCUGCCACUGUGUACACUGACAGCAUGGAGAUACCUGCCACUGUGUACACUGACAGCAUGGAGAUACCUGCCACUGUGUACACUGACAGCAUGGAGGGACCUGCCACUGUGUACACUGACAGCACGGAGGGACCUGUCACCGUGUACACUGACAGCAUGGAGAUACCUGUCACCGUGUACACUGACAGCAUGGAGGGACCUGCCACUGUGUACACUGACAGCAUGGAGAUACCUGCCACUGUGUACACUGACAGCAUGGAGAUACCUGCCACUGUGUACACUGACAGCAUGGAGGGACCUGCCACUGUGUACACUGACAGCACGGAGGGACCUGUCACCGUGUACACUGACAGCACGGAGGGACCUGUCACCGUGUACACUGACAGCAUGGAGAUACCUGUCACCGUGUACACUGACAGCAUGGAGGGACCUGUCACCGUGUACACUGACAGCAUGGAGAUACCUGCCACUGUGUACACUGACAGCAUGGAGAUACCUGCCACUGUGUACACUGACAGCAUGGAGGGACCUGUCACUGUAUACACUGACAGCAUGGAGAUACCUGUCACUGUGUACACUGACAGCAUGGAGGGACCUGUCACUGUGUACACUGACAGCAUGGAGGGACCUGUCGCCCUGUACACUGACAGCAUGGAGGUACCUGCCACUGUGUACACUGACAGCAUGGAGGGACCUGCCACUGUGUACACUGACAGCAUGGAGGGACCUGCCACUGUGUACACUGACAGCACGGAAGGGACCUGCCACCGUGUACACUGA